GCCACAGCUGAUCCUCCUGCUCAGUACGCACAGGAUCAGUGAAAGAUGGCGACGGGAGUCCUUCAAAGAGUGAGCGGGGGCCUGGGUCGGGCUCAAAUCAGAACCCGUUGGACCGGACAGCUUGUCGUGUGGUGCAGGGGAUUUGCAUCAAGCAACCAGAACAGAGAGAACAGCUGGUUUAAGUCCCUCUUUGUGAGAAAAGUAGAUCCCAGGAAAGAUGCACAUUCAACUCUUCUGACUAAAAAUGAACAAAGCAACCUUUACAAAAUCCAGUUCCAUAACGUAAAACCGGAGUGCUUGGAUGCCUACAAUAAACUCUGUGAGGAUGUGUUGCCAUCAAUCCAUGCUGACAAAUAUUAUCCAUGUGAGCUGGUGGGCACAUGGAAUACCUGGUAUGGAGAACAAGACCAGGCUGUGCAUUUGUGGCGGUACAGAGGUGGCUAUCCAGCUCUUACAGAGGUGAUGAACAAACUUAGACAAAACAAGGAGUUCACAGCAUACAGGAAAGAGCGGGGAAAGAUGUUGUUGUCUCGCCGAAACCAGCUCCUUUUGGAAUUCAGUUUCUGGAAUGAACCAACCCCCCGGGAAGGUCCCAACAUCUAUGAACUAAGGUCCUACCAACUUAGGCCAGGAACCAUGAUUGAGUGGGGUAACUACUGGGCGAGGGCCAUUGGGAUUCGUCAGCACAACAGUGAAGCAGUUGGAGGGUUUUUCUCACAGAUAGGAAAUCUUUAUAUGGUUCACCACUUAUGGGCUUACAAAGACCUCCAGUCCAGAGAUGUUACGAGAAAUGCUGCAUGGCAGCAAGAGGGUUGGGAUGAGGUUGUGUAUUACACAGUUCCUCUUAUUCAGCACAUGGAUUCAAGAAUAAUGAUUCCUACAAAGGCCUCUCCAUUGCAGUAAAAUGUCUUAUGACAACUCUUUUCAAUGGCACUGUAUAUCUAUUUAGUGAACUGAACUCUGAUAACCUCUGAUCAUUGCUGCCAAAUCAUGUUGUUAGUCAAUGGUUGGACUAAUUCCAAGAUAAAGGAACAGGUCCUUGGUUGUGUGAACCAUUAGUUUAAUUAUAAACCCCACCAAAGGUACUUGAAAUCCUGAGCAGCUGUUUUUGUACAUUUCUGACUACUGCUAAAAAUAAUGCCGUUUCGUUUCAAUACACAUUAGUUUCAAAACUCUGUUUUACUUUUUUUUUUUUUCAGAUGUCUUUUCAAUGUGUUUCUAUUUAUUGUCAGAAAAUUUAUGCUGCAUUUUGGCAAAUGCUGCCUCCAGUCUAGGUGGUUUUAGGACACAAACCACCCAUGUAUUUGAGAUUUUGCCAUAUCUAUGAUCAUUAAAUGUAUUGUAAUGUAAAGCAUGUGAAAAGAAGAUAAUUAAAAAUGUAUUUAAAAAAAAGAA